AUGUAUAAUAAUCUGUGGACGAUUCCAACAAAAACUAAUAAAGCGAUUGUCGCUGAAUCAAGAUGUCUUGCUGUAGCAAAUUUGCCAGAAUCAGCUACUGAAGAAAACGUCAAAGAUUAUUUUAAAAAAUAUGGUCGUGUCCAUACCGUAAAAUUAGAAAUAUCUGAUGAGCAACGUUAUGCAUUUGUUGGUUUUUUGGAUGUGCGUACAGCGUCAAAAGCACAUAAUACUGAGAACACAUUAGAUGGACAAAAAUUACGGACAGCAUUUCACGAUGGAUCCAUGUCUGUUCCAAAGGCAUUACUUGAACCAAUUGAAUUACAAAUAACAACAUCAGAAACAAGUGAAUCUACAACAAAUACGAAUAUUGGCAUUGGCAAUAACAGUGUAACAGUGACUAACUCUACUUCUACGCCGACUGCAAGUUAUCACGCUAGUGGUCAUCAUCAUCCAUCGACAUUAGCAUCAACAGUGACUGGAAAAAAUCAGACCCAUGUUGAAAAGCGAUCAUCAAGGAUUGCAUGUAGUCCAGAUGAGAAUACGCGGCAUCAAGUUGUUCCUGUUAAACGAGAUGAUUCUGGAUCAUCAGGGAGUAAAAGAAAAGCUUCGACAAGUGUAACCAAAAGUUCCAAUGUACAUCCAACGGUGAUUAAUUCCAAAUCACGAAAUAAACAUAGCUCAUCAAAUUCAUCAUCAUCGUCGUCUGAUUCGGAGUUUAGUGAUGACAGUUCAACGCAUAAUCAUCGUCGUUCAACAAAAACACCAAACAUUAACAAUGAUGGAAAAAUACGAAUUAUUAAAAUUUCUAAUUUACCACAGAAAAUGCCGUGUAAACACAUACCUACAUUACGUGAAAAUUUAUCGGCGUUGUAUGCUGAAUUUAAAAAAUCUGGACGAUUAGUUACAAUUAAAAUUGAUGGUGAUCCAGAUAAACGUUAUGCGCUGAUCACUUUUCGAAAAAAUGAAGAUAUGGAAAAAGCGUUAUCACAUUCACAAAACAAACUUAUUGGAAAUAUUCGUAUUCGUGCUGAAUCGUAUGAUCCGUUGGCUGAUAAUGAAGAUUAUGAUACGGUUAAACGAGGCUGUACUAGUGAAACGGAUGUCGAUGAGUACUCAGCCAAAGCCACUAGAACGCUUUAUAUUGGAAAUUUGGAAACAGAUAUAUCAUAUAAUGAUUUAAGAGAAACAUUUUCAAAAUUCGGUGAUAUAGUUGAAGUAGAAAUAAAACGUCAACAACAAUCUCAACAUCCAUUGACAUUUGCUUUUGUACAGUAUGCUAAUAUUAAAAGCGUUGUCAAGGCAAUGAAAGCCAUGGAUUCAAAAUUGUUACGUGAUCAUCCUAUUAAAUUGGGCUUUGGUAAAUCUCAACCGACUAAUGUUUUGUGGCUCGAUGAACUUCCAUUAAAUGUUACGGAUCUUAUUAUUCGAACGUUUGUUAUUCGAACAGCUGCUGUACAAAGUGAUCAGGUACUAGACAUUUAUGUUGACAAUCGUAAUAAAGGACAAGCACAAGGAUUAGUGUAUUUUACCGAUAGUAGAGUAGCACAAGAAGUUAUUAACCAUAUUAGAGGAAAAAAAUUAGAGAAUAGACGAGUACAGGUCGAUUAUGCCAGUAAAGUAUUUAUAACACGAUUUUCUGAUGUUAUUGAAGAAGCAAGCACGAAAAAGAAUUUUGUACCCUAUACACCGGAAGCAUUAUAUUUAUCAGAAACACGACCAGGAGCAAAACGCAGUGGAAUUCGUGAUCCAUUGGAAUUGUCAUCAUUUGAUAAUACUCGAGAAAGAUGGCCGUUAGCUUAUAAAGAACCAUUAUCUUAUAAUCGUACACACAAGUCAGAUAUUCGCCAUCCAUCAGAUCGACGUCAUUCAAAAGAUUAUACAAAAACACAUCAUCGUGAUUCAACUCCCAAUAGUGUCACAACCACAACGACAAGUAACAGUGAUAUUGUACCAGCUAAUAAUAGUAAUACUUUGUCCAACAUCAUUUCUCCAGUAUCAUCUGGACCACCAGCAGUUACAGUCAAUCAUCGGCGGCGUCUUUCGACAUCAUCUAAAGAUUGUGUUUCAAAUAUGUUUGUCACAUCGACUUCCACAGCAUCGACAUCAGGCAAAUCAAAUCAUACGCGUCAUUCAGGUUCAUCCAGUAGUCAAAGUUCCAGUUCAGAUCGUGGCGAACGUAAUAAUUCACGACAGAAACAUACAGCUAAAUUAUCUACAGUAAACAAUAAUAAUGCAUCAUCGUCGUCCACGUUAGUGGCUAAAAAGAAAAAGGCAAUCGAUAGUGCAUCGUCUCAUCGAAAACCAAAGUCGUCAAAAGAUAAAAGCGAUAGAACUACUAAACAUGCACGUCAUAAUAAUCAUCAUCGUAUACAACAACAACCAGCGCAUAAUAGCUCUACAGUCCAAACGGUAACAGCGUCAACAAACAUAAUUUCUACGCCAACGACUGUAACGUCUACAAAUUGUCAACGACUGUCGCAGGAACAAACUGUGAAAAAUAUAUCGGUUUCGUGUAUUUCUCCAACAACAACUGCCACUGUUACUUCAAGUAGCUCAAAUCCGUCUGAGAUAAAAAUUUCCACUUUGUCUUCUUGUUCGAUGACUGCUGUUACUAUUACUGAACCGAUAAUUUCUGUUACAACGACAUCACCAAUUGCAACAUCAAUUGUCAACUCCCCUACUCUAAAACAAGAACAGCCACCAAAUAAUAAAUCUGCUGAACUACCAUCAACUACUUCUGUCUCAUCCUCAUCAAUGAUUGAACUACCAAGUGUUAAACCAUCAUCGCCAAAACUUUUAAGAAAAGAUCCACAAUUAGUAUUUGAUUGGUUAAUGCAGAAUCAUCAUAAUAAUAAUAACGGUGUUAUUGAUAAUGGCGAAGACGAAGAUAUUUUACUGGGAAACGAAACUGAAACAAUGGACAAAAUGGAUGUUUUAAAUACAAACAAGACACCAACGAGUUCAAAUUCAAUUAAAAUUAAUGAUACACAACGACAUGUUGAUGUUGUGAAAAAUGUUAAAAAUUUGAAAGAAGAAAAGUUACCUGCUACGCCUAGUACUACUUCAGCUUAUCGAUUACAACCAAUUCGUAAACGUGAAGAUCAAUCUGACUUGAUAGCAAAUGUAUCUCCAUUGUACGAUAUUUCGUCAACUCAGUUACCAACAUCUAGCGAAAUUUUGAACGAAAAAAAGACCGAUGAUUUAUUAGCUUUAUCGUCGAUUCAUGCAUCAAAUAAUAGUUCUGGUACUGUCGAGGAUGACACAAAUAGCAAUCAUGUCACACAAAAUCCUACUCGCCGUCUGCCUCCAACGGUCCAGUCGAAUAAAAUAUCACAUAUGUUCACUAAUAGUGCGACGCCGAAGGACAUUCCAUUAGAACCUCUGUACAAUUACGAUUUAGUUGAUAUACGUUUACAGUCAUCGCAUAAUACCACAACAAUUGUAGAUAAUUUACGUUUACCGUUUCCUCAAUUUGCGUUUGAUCUUGUUAAAUCGAUGCCAACAUCGAAUGUACUCGUUGUCUUGAAUCCAAAAGCGCAUUUAAAGCAUUCAACAUUGGGUGUAAGUAGUAAUGGAAAUGCAUCACUUACUGGGAAUCAGCAGUCUGAGAAAGUAAAUGAUUCUUCAACAACUGAUUCAUCGAUUACUACUACUAAUAAUAAUAACGAUUACAUGCAUGAAGCAACAAUACCAGCGUCCACGCCUCACAUCGAUUUAUCUCAUCUAGCAACAUUUCGAAGUGACACCGGUGAUGAUGAUUUGCCAACAAAUCGUAUACCAUUAGAUGAACGAAUUCGACUAUUAGAUAAACAAAUUUACGAAAUAAAUCAUAAAUCAAGCACUACUACAACAUCACCAACACGACCAAUUAUUUUAUCGUCUAUUAGCACGUCGAAAACACAAAUAUCUACAGUGAACAGUACCAAAACCGUUUUUCCAUCAUCGUCAUCCGCAUCAUCAAUAUCAUCCUCACUAUCUUUAUCUCCAAGUAUACGUUCAACUAUCGAACAACAAAAACUGCUAUCACUAAAACGGAGCUUACCAACAAGCGCUGGUGUUAGUCAAUCAAGCUCUUCAGCAGCCAUAAGUGCAUCAGUCAAAAGUUUAAGUGAGUUGGUGUCUUCAUUAUCCUCGUCAUCGUCAGCUUCACAAACACUAUCACAGUGCAUUCAAGCAGUACGAUCCGCACCAUCAACGCCAGCAUUAAAUACAUCAACGUUUAAUUCAUUUCCAACCAAAGCGCUACCGUACUCAUAUUCGACACAACAUCGAAAUGGUAUUUCUACUCUCGUACCAAUUUCUUCAGCCAUCACAGCGACAUCCACAUUACCAUUUCCAGUCAUACCAUCGCUAUUAAAUCCAUCAAAUAUUUACCCGCCACAUAUAAAUAUAAAUAAACCUUCAGAUCAACUAACAGCAUCAUCGGGUACGUCAUUUAUGUCAUCCAUACAAGAUAUACUUCAACGCAAUUCUAUUGUAUCCAUCCCGUCUAUUCUCAAUCUCCCUUCUUCAUCAUCCACGAUCACUUCUGUAGCUCCGUCUUUAUCACUGAAUACUAUAUCUGGUUUAGCACAUCGUACUCUGGCUCAUCGUUCAGUUUCAAAUUCAUUAUUGACAAUAACAACGACAAAUACAACAGCUAUCUCAACGACAUUUUCAAAAUCGCUUCUAUCCAUACCUCAACAAACAUCAACAUUUUCUACUGGAGGAAAUGUGAAUCGACAAAUAUCUGAAAUAUCGAACGAAUCUAUUACUUCCGCACCGAAUAAUGAUUUCGAUGGAGUAAAUAAUAACGAUUCGACAUCAGUUAUUGAACCUAGCACAUCUUCAGCUAAAAUAAUUGAACGUCUUGGUCCCUCGGCACGUGUAAAGCGAAAACAACCUCCACAACAGCCGACACUUCAAAUAAUUGAUUCAACUCAAACCAGUUCUAUAUCAGACACAGUUCAUCCACAUUUGCAACAACAACUUUCAGUUAGCAGUAAUUCGUCACAGGGUUUAAAAUCAAUAUUAAAACAACGAUUUGUUCCAUCAUCACCUAUUGUUACAUCGCCAAUAAGCGAUCGUAAAUCGUCUACAACGUAUGUAUCGCCGUUGUCAUCAACUGCAACUUCCACUACAGAUAAUAAUAACUCAUUUAAUCGUCAACCACUAUCUCGUAGUCAAACACCAGCUACACCUAUUGUCACAACAAAUCCUUUAGCAUCACUCGCAACGGUUGAUAUAUCGAAAAAUGAUACAAAACCAAAGAAAAUAGUUCAACAAACCGUAAAGAAACAUUCUGAAAACGAUAAUGAUAAUGAAUCGUUGAAAUCAUUUACAAAUGAUAUUGAUGAACGUAUUAAAACAGAAAAUACAAAUGAUUCGUCUUGGCGAACACCACCCGCUACAACAAAACAACGUGUUGUGUCAUCUUCAUCAUCUGGUACUACGACGACUGUUUCGAAUGUUGAUAACACGAAAAAACCAUCACCAUCUGUUAUUACGAAUAAAUCAACAUCAACGUUGGAUAUUAAAAAACAAACACUUGAAAAAAUACCAAAAAAAAGUUCAUCUAUCGAUCAAUCAAAGCAAAUCAAAACGGUCGGAACAUCAAAACCGGUUGGUGGUACUAUCAAUAAAAAAUUACAUAGUGACUCAGUCUCAAGUGAGAAUAAUAGUAACAGUGUAGAUGGUUCAAAAUUAUUGACUAAACCCAAAACAACUGUACCAAAUAAGCAACCUUCGACUAAAAUAUCAACUACAACACCGUUGCUAAAGAAAUUAAUUCCACAAUUAACAAUUGAACGUAUUGAUGCUAAGUCCUUAAAAAAUGUGUUUGAUAUCAAACAACAUCCAAAACUACAUAUCACCACCACGACAACAUCAACUUCAUCGCUGAAAACAAAUCAUCAUAAAAGAACAAAAUCUCAUCAGAUGUCAAGUGAUGAAAGAGAAGAAGAACAGAGACAGGAUUUUAAAAAAAAAUCAACAAUCAAUAAUCCAAUUGAAAAACGUAAAUAUAAUAAGAAAAAAUUUCAGAAAAAAUUAUUAAAAUAUACCAGCGAAAAGAAAGAAAAGCGAAAACAACAACAAGAAGUUAUUAAAUCAAAGAAAAAAAAUUCUACGAAAAAAUCAUACAAUAAUAUAAUCAUACAAUGUUCAUCAAGUGAUAAUGACAAUAAUGAUGAUAAUGAUAAUGAUAAUGAUUUAGAUGAGCAGCGUAUAAAAUGUGAGAGUGAUGAGGAACAACGGACAUCGCAAUCACAAGGUCACGAGGAACAAGCUGAAGAUGAAAAGGAUGGCGAUGUGAAACAACGUUCAAUAUCGACAAAAAAUGUAUUAUUAGAACAAAAAGGAGAUGAGGAAGAACAACAGAGUUUUUAUGAGGCAGAAAGUUCAGAUCAAGAAGAAAUGAAAAAUGAUAUAAAUAAUGAUGAUGAAACAGACAAAAAGAACAGCAACGAUUCAGAAAGCAGUAACGGUGAAGAUAAGAGGCAUAAACGACAUAAAACAGGAUUAACACGCUCCAAGCUUUUACAAAAACGACAGCGUACAAAACAGAAGUUGAAAAAUCUUCAUAAAUCGACUGCAUCAAACGAGUUACGUGGUCCAGAUUUCAAUCCAUUAACACAAGAUGUCAGUAUGUACGAUCGAAUUAAAAAACGUGCUCGAAGUGACCUAUCGGAAGGUCAUCAUCACAGAAAAACUCAUCAUCACCGUCAUAGAUCAACAACAAGUCAACCAAAUUCAAGCGAAAAUGAUAAUACAUCAAUCAGUGAGACUGAUGAUCAAUCACAAUCGUCAUCGAAACGGGCAAUGAAACAUAAACGAGAUUAUCUAUCCACGACAGUAUCAGAAUUAUCCGAUUCUGAAUUAUCUGAUAGAUCAAUACCUAAUUUCUCUAACGAACGAGAACACCAUUCAAAAUCAUUAAAUAAUAAACAAAAUUUUACAUUUGAUGAUAAUGUAUUUGAUGCUGAAGAAAGUAACGAUGAUACGAAAGUGAAUCGAAAAAAAUUGGAUGAUCAGAAAAAGACUAUUAAACAUACACAACCGCUAUUAAUACCACCACAAAAAUCAACUACGCCAGCAACGCUGAAAAACAACGUGAUUAAAGAUCAAGCAAAAAAGAAUGUGAUCGAAAACAAGUCAUCAUCAUCUUUAUCAAAACCUGUGGAAAAAAAGAAACAAUCAUUGUUAAAUGUACAACAAAUCAAUGAGAAGAAAGUGAAUGUACCUACUAAAGCAAGAAAAGUAUCGGAAGAUGUGGAAAAAAAAUCAACUUUAAGUUUAACAAAAAACAAGUUAAACAUUAAUUCUUCUAACAACAACGAAAAAGUUAUUCCUAAACAACAGUUAAUCGUCGGUGCUCAAGUCUCACGAUCUACUGAUGAGAAAAAAUCUAUAAAGACGAAUGAUCAGCCGUCAAACAAAGUAUUAGAAACAGAUGUAUCGAAAAAGAAACUAUCUGUACAACAGUCAUUGUCAUCAUCAAAUAAAUUAAUUCAAUCACAAUCGCAACAAAAAUUAACAUCAUCCACAAUACAAUCUUCUACAACAAAAGUAACGACUACCGGCGGACAAAAGCGUUCUUCAACAGAUGAUCUAUCAGGAUUAGCGUCUCCGGUUGAAGCUAAGAAAAUAAAAUUGAAUGAGAAUAUAAUUAAAAGUAAUAGACAAAAUUCCAAUAGCAGUGUUGGUUCAAACAAAACAAAAGAAACAUCGGUGAAUAAAGUUAAAUCCUCUGCAUCUGUUGAUUCGGAUAAGAAAACACCAAAGUCUAAUAUCACAGAAACUAUUCAAUCACCUUUAAUAAUGGAAGACAGUAAACAUACAGUAGAAACAUCUUCGAUAGCUGUUUCCGAACCAACUAUUGAUAUACCUAGUGUGAAAGAAAAUGUCGAUGAUGUCUCAGAUACUUCGACAAGUGAUAGUACGAAUAAAUUUGGUAUUGUAUUUACCAGUCAUCAUCAAACACAUACAUCACAGAUUUCACAACUCUCUUCUCAUCGUUCACAAUCGAUUGAUCACGUCAGUAGUAAUGAUACAUCGAAAAAUGAUGAAGAUGUUGAAAGUAAUGAACAAAAUAAUAGUAGUAAGUUACUUACACGUGAACAAGCAGAAGAUAUCGAAUUUGCACUCAACAAGGAAACGCCGUUAGAUAUACCGUUAACAACACAUCAACCACAAUCCACUGCAGCUAUUAAACACGAACUAUUGACGCCAUCUUCUUUAUCUGUACCAAUAAUAAAGUCAACAGCAACUCAACUAUUGAAUGACGAUGAUACAUUAAAUCCUGAAACAAUGCAAUUAAGUGAUUUAUUAUUAGGUAGAAGAGAUGAUAGUACAAGUACAAAAACUAAACACAACAAUGGCAAGAAGAAUACAAGUCAACAGCUAUCAACUAAAAAACAACAAAUAAGAACGGCUACCAGUAGUAGUACUAUUAGUAUCAUUACUGCACAGGUAUCGACUAAUAAUGAUGAAGCAGUAAUCAUACCGUCACCUGCGCCGUCUCAAUUAGAAACUACUAUAUUAAAGCACUUAUCAAUCGAAAAUACAGAAUUAAAUGAUAAUCUAUUAAAUCGUCGUUUAUCGGGUCAAAUUACUACUACGAAUAUUUUGAGUAACGAUACAUCAUCGAACGAUAGUCUAAAACGUGUAAUUUCUAUAUCGUCAAGCGGACCAACAUCUCCAAAUAGUAUUAAUAACAAACGUUUUUGUACUGAUAGCGAUCAUGUUCUUAGUGAUAAUAAAGAAAUCAAAUCGGAACUACUAGAAGAACAAACACAACAGGAGUCAGAUAGUUCGAAAGGGUUGGUAUCAUCUGAUAUUCCUUCACCCCAGAAGCAAGAAAAUAUCGAGAUGGAUACAUCAACAAGAGACGUGCCAGAUACGAAUGAAAAGGAUGGAGUACCAACAAAAUUAUUAUUGAGCGAAUAUAAGAAUGCAAAUCAACAGAUGGAAAAUUAUUCAAUAAAAAUUGCAGAGAAUAAUCAAUCUGAACCACCUCCAGCAUCACCUCCAGCACCACCUCCAGCAUCACCACCAGUAUCACCACUAGCAUCACCACCAGCAUCACCACCAGCAUCACCACCAGCAUCACCACCAGCAUCACCAUUACCAUCACCGCCACCACAAAAUAAUGAACAAUUACAACCAGAUUCUAAAAAGGACGAUGAAAAACAAACGAUGGAUACUGAAGCAACUUCUAAUCAAGAAACAUUCACGGCCAUUAGUUCAAUAAUGUCAUCGACGACAAAAACAAGUUUAAAUAGUGAAACAGAAAAUACGGUUCAGGCAUUAUCAUUUUCUUCACUUCAAUGUGCUAUAUCAUCAAGACGUCAUAGCUUAGAAGCACCGCCACUCAAUUUAACAUCCACAGCGCCUCUAACGUCUCUAAUCGUAACAAAAACUGCUGUAGAAGAAACAAAAAUCACUAAUCAUACUGUGACUGAAACUGUGAAUGUUCAACCGUCAACAACAUCAUCGAGUAUGAAUGAAAGCGUUGAAGAAACGUUGAAUGCGGUUAAUAGUUUGUUAAUGUUAAAUAAUCGACCAGAUAUACCAGCAGUCGUGAACAAUGAACAUCAUAAAACGGAAGUAAAUUCUAAAAUUAUCAGUCAAACAGUGGCCACAACUCCAACAAUCAGUAAGCCUGUUUAUAAUUUUGUUGCCUCGUUACCUAGUCCAUCAAUAAAUCGUUCAGCGAAUCCUGAUUUGAUGACACUCGUAUCGAAUAUUGUUGGCUCUACUACCACUUCAUCAUCAGUACCAAUAAUCGAAAAACAUCAACGUUCUCAUAUUGAAGAAGUUAUUGACGAUGUAGCUAAAGGUCACACAUCUUCCUCCUCGAUUCAGGAAGCAACAUCUUCUGCUACUAUGUCGAUUAUUGAUCAUUCAUUUCCAUUUUCUACAGUUGACUCACUUUCGCGGUAUCAUCAAAAAGAUCAGACAAUAAAACCGUUUCGUGAAUUACCAUUACUAACGAUGAAAACUCCGUGUCCAACAACAUUACCAUCUGGUAACAACGAUUUUUCUUGUACAAAUAUUUUCAGUAAUAAUACUAAUAAUAAUAAUGCUAUCGUAAAUAAUAAUCUUUUAUCGGCGGAAAUAUCUCGUUCAUCUACGUCUCCAUCAACAACAACCACGACUGUUCCACUACUAGCAAGACCAUCAGUAUCAAAUACUCCAACACGGCAAACGGCUUCUUCAUCACCUUCAAACAAAAACAGUGAACAACAACAUUUAUUAAAUGCUGCCGCUCAGCUAUUUCCUCACAUAUUGACGCCCGAUGAGACAUUUUCACAAAAUUUUCCAUUUCCAUUUCUAUCCACAUCUUCAUCAUCGAACAUUAUUCAAAAUCAACCACCGAAUAUCGUUACAGCAACACUUUCUACACAUCCAUCAUUAGUAGCCAAUAAUAUUAAUAAUAAAGCUCAGUCAUCGUUGAGUAACGUAGUAUUGUCAAAUCCAUUUACCAAUAUGAUUUUAUCUUCUGAAAAUCCAGCUAAUGCAACUAAUAAACUAACGCUGACAAAUGAUACUCAAAAAACUUCACCAUCCACUGCUAGCUAUCAUCAUUCCAAUUUACAUAUGAAUAAUGAUAUUCCAUCGAUAAAAACACAAAAAUCGAGCACAGCAGAAAGGGAUUUAUUGACGAUACCAACUACUCCAAUCAUACCAAGUCGAUCAACACCGAUUCAGCAGACUGUGGCUGUUCCUAUUGCAUUAUCUAUUCCAGCCAAUACACAGCAACAAACAUCAUCACUUAUCACUCAAUCAGAUUCGCAGGAUAAAACAGGGGGAAAUGUGAGACAACAAACAUCGCCCAUGCAACAAUUUCUAGCACAAGAUUCAGUUGUACCAUUUCGAUCUGUGUACGAUGCAUCAGAAUUGUACAAUGCACAAGCUCUUUAUCCACCAAAUUUUGCUUAUGCUGCAGCGGCCGCUAAUAUGUUAACUGCCAUUGGAGUUAAUCCAAAUGGUUAUCCUGAUAAUUUUAUUUAUGUUGAUCCUACUCGACCCGAUUCACAUCCAUUACCUAUUCAACAAUUAUUUCAACAAACAUCAAAUUCUCCAAAUAAUCUUGGUAAUAAUAAUUCAAAUAAUAGUGUUAGCUAUAUGCCCGGUUAUGGUGUUGUUAAUUUUCGUCAACCAUUACCACAAUCACCUCCGCAACAUGUUAGUGAUACAUUUUCAUCUUCACGUGAUCCCUAUAAUGUUACAUGGCAAGGAAAUUUAAUAUUAAAAAAUGAUCAAGCUUAUGUCAAAACAAUUCUUGUUGCUGGUAGUCCACAAAUAGCACGUGCAUCAAUGAAUUUUUGGAAUACUGAUUCACAGAUACCAUCUAAUCAGCAACAAUCAUCAACAGCCACCCAUAAUCUUCGUAUAUCACAGCGUAUGCGUUUAGAACAAGCUCAAUUAGAAGGUGUUCAAAAACGAAUGCAAAUGGAAAAUGAUCAUUGUAUAUUAAUAGCAAUGCCAAAUGGUUCAACACCACAAGAAUAUCAACAACAACAGUCAAAUUUAAAAAAUGGAGUCAUCAAAUAUUUUGAAGAGAAAAAAGCUGCAGGCAUUGUCAAUGUUCUCUUACCAGGUGCUUCACAAGCUGCUUAUGUCGUACAUAUUUUUCCACCAUGUCCAUUUGCAUCGGAAAUAUUAAAAAAUCGUGCACCAGAUACUUAUCGUUGCGUCGUACAAAAUCGAACAGAUCAAUGUUAUUUACUUAUUGUUAUAACGACUGUUCAAUGA